AUGACGACUGAAUCCAAUAGUACUUCUGAGACAGUAGGUAGUACUUCGAAUACCUUAGAUCCCUUCCAUCCUUUAUACCUUCAUCCCUCAGACACACCGGGAAGUUUCUUAGUUUCAAUUCCCUUCUCCGGUGAGGGUUAUGGAGAAUGGAAGGAAGGUAUGAUUAUUUCUCUGUCUGCUAAGAACAAAAUUCAGAUAAUUGAUAGAUCAUUUACUCAACCUGCUGCUAAUUCCCCUCUCCUUCCAUAUUGGUUGAGAUGCAAUAAUAUGGUGAAGGCUUGGAUUAUGAAUGCUUUGACCAAAGACAUAGCAAAAACCAUUCUAUAUUACAAAACUGCUAAGAAGGCUUGGGAUAACUUAGCUGAUAGGUAUGGUGUAGCUAACAUGUCUCAGUAUUACACUUUACAAAGAGCCAUAUCUUCUACAUUCCAAGGCUCCUUGGACAUAGCCACUUAUUACACCAGACUCAAGGGUCUAUGCAUAUUCCACAGUGAAGAGCAACAUCCUUAUGCUACUCCUACUCCUAAUGUUGAAAAGGCCUACUCUAUGUUAGUCAGAGAUGAGAAACAAAGGGAGAUCAAUCAUGACAAAGGUGUUUUCUCCCCAGACUCUUCCUCUUUCAGUGCUUCCAGCUCAGGCAAGGGUGGUUUGACUGGAUAUCCCAACUAUGCUCCUAGUACUUUUAGUUCUGGAGGUUACAGUCAUGCUACUUCCUCCAACUAUAAUCAGGCUUCUUCUUCCAAUAGUUCUUCAGUUGGGAACACUAAUCAUGCCUCAUCAUCUUCCUCUACAUCAAACUAUCCUAGAAACUACACCCAGAGGGUUUCCUUUGAUCAGAGGAACAAUAAGUCUGCUCUUAUAUGCAAGUAUUGUAAGAAAUCUGGACAUACUGUGGACAAGUGUUGCAGAUUACAUGGGUUUCCACCUGAGUUUAGCUUCAAUAAGAACAAGAGGUUUGUGUUUUGUGCACAAGUUGAAUCUCCAUCUGAUCCUCUCCACGGAGACCUUAAUUCUAUUCCACCACAUGGAUUCUCCAAGGAGUAG